AUGAGCCUAGAACACACUUGUGGGAGGAUCGACAAGUUGAAGUUGAAGAGAGACACAGACUUGGAUGUAAAAUCAUUGCAAGAGGAUGUUUUGGAGGAUUAUUGUAUGAUUGUCACAAGACAUCAAAUAUACAGGGCCAAAAAGAGGGCCAAAGUAAUGAUUGAAGGGAGUUACAUACAACAAUAUGCUAGGUUAAGGGAUUAUGCAGAGGAAUUGAAGAAGGCAAACAAGGGAAGUACAGUUGUAAUUAAAACUGAACAAGUAGGGGGCCAAGCUAUAUUUCUAAGGAUGUAUGUUUGCUUCGCUGGUUGCAGGCAAGAGUUUUUAGAUGGAUGCAGACCAAUUAUUGGUGUUGAUGGGUGCAACGUAAAAGGUCCUUAUCCUGGCCAGAUUUUGACAGCAGUUGGGGUGGAUGGCAACAAUGGCAGUUUCCCAAUUGCUUAUGAAGUUGUUGAGAUUGAAAGCAAACAAUUGUGGAUCUGGUUUCUUAGGCUGUUGAUUCAAGAUCUAAAGAUUACAAAUGAUUUGUCAUAUAUGUUCAUUAGUGACAAGCAAAAGGGACUCAUACCUGCAAUUGAGACUCUACUUCCAACUGCAAAGCGCAGGAUGUAUGUUAGACACUUAUAUAAUAACUUCAUAUCAUCACACUCUGGUCUUGCUCUAAAACACCUAUUGUGGGCUGCAGCAAGAGCCACAACUAUGCCUUGGUGGGAAGCAAAAAUGGAAAAUAUGAAACAAGAGGAUGAGGAAGCGUGGAAAUGGCUCAGUCAGAGACCUACAAAGAAUUGGAGCAUAUCUCACUUUAAUACACGGUUUAAGUGUGAUCUGUUGUUGAACAAUCUUUGUGAAAGUUUCAAUUUAGCAAUAAUAGAUGCAAGAGAUCAAUCCAUUUUGACUUGCUUGGAGAGGAUAAGAGUCCUUGUGAUGCUUAGGAUGACAAAUAGAAGGGUUGCAUGCCCGAAAUGGAAACAUUCAGUUGGGCCAAGAAUCUUCAAGAUAAUUGAGAAGAACAAGUUAGAUGCCUCCACAUGCAUUCCUCGACUGGCUAGCUUGCAAACAUAUUAA